ACAAAAUUCAAUCAUUUGAAUCAUUACAAAAAGUAUUCAAAGUAUUUUAAUGGCUGACGACGAUUUAUUCUCGUAUGUUCCAGAAGUUGAGGAGACCUAUGGCGAUGAUGAAACCCAAGAGGCUAUGAAAUUUCUCAAAGAAAAUGAUUUGCCAAUGUCGGAUCUGCUUUAUGCUCUGAAAUAUGUUCGUAUUUCAAAUCGAGCUGUGGACUUGGAUGAUAAAUUUCAUGAAAUUCGACAACGUCUAAAAAAGUUGCGUGAAGAGGAUAUUCCCGUAGUAACUCCACCAUAAUUGUAAUAUUUUGGACAUAGAAACUGUAAACUUAACAUGGUAUUUUUUUAAAUGAGUUCUGUUGUUUUUUGAAGAGCAAGAAAUACAAAAGAAUGAUCA